AUGGCUACCUUAUUACCUCCGCCAUCUAAGAAGCAAAGAAGAGAAGCUCAGACUGAACGUGAAGUGGACUUAAUUCCUAAGGAUUUGCCCAAUGUCCUCAUUAAGUUCCAGGCAUUUGACAGCGGUGAAACUGUGGGCGGAUCUCUAAGAGUUCCGGGUGCUAUCACAGAGAAGCAACUAGAAGAGUUACUCAAUCAGUUGAAUGGGGACACUGAUGAACCUGUUCCAUAUACCUUUGGAUGUUUAGUCAAUAACAAAAGCAAGAAUGGAGAGGAAGAGAUGGUAGAUAUUAGGGAUAAUUUGUACCAGUCCAUUUUGAAACCCGGUUUGAAGUCCACAGAAGAUUUCCUAACACUAGUGUAUACCCCAAGAGCUAUUUUCAAAGUUAAGCCCGUGACCAGAUCAUCAUCUGCGAUUGCUGGGCAUGGUUCUACAAUUUUAUGCUCAUCAUUUGCUCCUCACACAAGUUCUAGAAUGGUUACAGGUGCUGGUGAUAACACUGCAUGCAUCUGGGAUUGUGAUACUCAAACCCGUAUGGCUACGUUGCAAGGUCAUCAUAACUGGGUUUUAUGUUGUUCUUGGUCGCCGGAUGGUGAAUUGAUCGCAACAGGAUCUAUGGAUAAUACUAUCAGACUUUGGGAGUCACAAAAGGGUAAACCAUAUGGUGAUGCAUUAAGAGGACACAGUAAAUGGAUCACAUCCCUAUCUUGGGAACCAAUCCAUCUAGUGAAACCGGGUGAUAAACCCAGAUUAGCGACAGCAUCAAAGGACGGUACCAUUAAGAUCUGGGAUACUACCAGGAGAGUUUGUCUCUUAACACUAAGUGGCCAUGCCUCUUCAGUGUCUUGCAUAAAAUGGGGUGGUAGAAAUGUUUUAUAUAGUGGUUCGCAUGAUAAGACUAUCAGAUGUUGGGAUAUGAACCUCAACGGAAAAUGCAUUAACAUUCUAAAAUCACAUGCACACUGGGUCAACCAUUUAUCGUUGUCUACCGAUUAUGCUUUGAGAGUUGGUGCCUUUGACCAUAAGGGUGAAAAGCCAGUCUCAGCCGAAGAAGCUCAACAGAAGGCGCUCAAAAACUACGAAAAGGUCGCAAAGAAAAAUGGUGAACUCGAAGAACUAAUGGUCACAGCCAGUGACGAUUUCACAAUGUACCUAUGGAACCCACUAAAAGCUACGAAACCAAUCACUAGAAUGACUGGUCAUCAAAAGCUAGUCAACCAUGUCGCAUUUUCGCCAGACGGUCGUUACAUCGUUUCCGCAUCCUUUGACAACUCCAUCAAAUUGUGGAACGGUAGGGACGGUAAAUUUAUAUCGACUUUUAGAGGUCAUGUUGCAAGUGUCUACCAAGUCGCAUGGUCAAGUGAUUGCAGACUUCUAGUCUCGUGUUCAAAGGAUACUACUUUAAAGGUUUGGGACGUCAAGACAAGAAAACUCUCUGUAGAUCUCCCAGGCCAUCAAGAUGAAGUAUAUACCGUUGACUGGUCUGUUGAUGGUAAGCGUGUAUGUAGUGGUGGUAAAGACAAGAUGGUGAGGAUCUGGACUCAUUGA